AUGUAUAUACUACCUAGCAUUGCAGUCUCGUUGCUAGCCGUCCCGUUUGUUCAGGCGGUAGGCAUGCGAAGACCUGCUCCACCCCCAGCAACAUCAGAGUCAACCUCUACGAUCCAGGAAUCCACAUUCGAACAAUUACUUGAUCAUGAGGACCCGAGUCUUGGAACUUUCUCUCAGCGCUUCUGGUGGAAUUCAGAAUGGUGGGACGGCCCAGGAUCUCCUGUGGUCCUGUUCACGCCCGGUGAAUCUGCGGCUGCGGAUUAUACUGGCUACUUGACCAAUGUGACGAUUACAGGCCUUUAUGCCCAGGAGAUCAAGGGCGCGGUGAUUCUGCUUGAGCACCGUUAUUGGGGCGAAUCUUCACCAUAUGAUGAUUUGACCACCGAAAAUCUGCAAUAUUUGACAUUGAAACAUAGUAUUGCAGAUUUGACGUACUUUGCAAAGAACGUGGAUCUGCCGUUUGACACGAACAGCAGCAGCAAUGCUCAAAAUGCCCCUUGGGUUUUCAGUGGAGGAUCAUACAGUGGUGCUUUGUCCGCUUGGGUCGAGUCGGUUGCUCCAGGUACUUUCUGGGCGUACCAUGCAUCCAGCGCUCCCGUCGAGGCAAUUUAUGACUACUGGCAAUACUUCAAGCCUGUCCAGGAAGGCAUGGCAAAGAACUGCAGUGCAGAUGUCUCUCGGGUAGUCGAUUAUGUUGACCAAGUCAGUAAAUAUGGCACAAAAGCACAACAGAAAGAACUUCAAGCACUAUUCGGACUCGAAGAUCUGAAGCACUAUGAUGACUUCGCCGCUGCAUUGGAGAAUGGUCCUUGGCUGUGGCAGUCAAACAGCUUUUAUACUGGAUACUCCGAGUUCUUUGAAUUCUGUGACUAUGUUGAAAAUGUCGAAGCAGGAGCAAGCACUGUACCUGGAGCAGAUGGAGUUGGCCUUAAGAAGGCCCUUAAAGGUUACGCCAAAUGGUUCAAGACCGUCUUCUUCCCUGACUCAUGCGCCAGCUACGGUUACUGGACGGAUAGCAACAGCACCGCCUGCUAUGACACCUACAAUGCCUCCAGCCCCUUCUUCACAGAUAUAUCUGUAGACAACAAAAUUGACAGGCAAUGGCAGUGGCUUCUUUGUAACGAGCCGCUCUUCUAUUGGCAGGACGGCGCGCCAUCUGAUGUCACGACCAUCGUCUCCCGAACCGUCAACGCAGAGUAUUGGCAGAGACAAUGCCCUCUCUUCUUUCCCACUGUCAACGGCUACACCUAUGGCAGUGCCAAGGGCAAGAAUGCGGCUGAUGUCAACGCUAUGACCAAGGGUUGGGAUCUGACAAAGACUACCAGAUUGACCUGGACCAAUGGACAAUAUGACCCCUGGAGAGAGAGUGGUGUUUCAUCUUCCGUCCGCCCUGGAGGUCCUCUCAAGUCCCGAGCUUCCGCGCCUGUCAAUAUUAUUCCUGGUGGCUUCCACUGCUCAGAUCUUAUUCUGAAGAACGGCGUGGUCAAUGCGGGUGUACAGAGGGUGAUUGAUACUGAAGUUGCCCAGAUAAAGACUUGGGUGGCGGAAUACUACAAAUAG